GACUGACUAACAAAGAACAGUGAGGUUGGAGGGUGUGGCUCAGGAAUUCUCCACAGACCUCUCUCCUUCGUGUUCUUUCACAGGUUUCUUUCCGCAGGGUUAACUCUGACUAGACUUCUCUGGGAACUGCAGGUUUAACUCUGACUAGACUUCUCUGGGAACCGUAGGUUUAACUCUGACUAGACUUCUCUGGGAACCGUAGGUUUAACUCUGACUAGACUUCUCUGGGAACCGCAGGUUUAACUCUGACUAGACUUCUCUGGGAACCGUAGGUUUAACUCUGACUAGACUUCUCUGGGAUAUUUCUCUCCACCACCAAACCUGUGCUGUAUUUUACCAUGGGAGUCGUAGGAGGAAUCAAAUGCAUCAAAUACCUAAUGUUCAUGUUCAACUUCCUCUUCUGGUUGGCAGGAACAGGAGUGUUGGCCGUAGGGCUGUGGCUGCGUUUUGACUCUCGGACUGAGGGACUGUUCAGUGGAGAGGACUCUCCUUCUGUCUUCUUCACCGGUGUGUAUAUUCUGAUCGCUGCGGGGGCGUUGAUGAUGGUUGUCGGGUUCCUGGGCUGCUGUGGAGCCAUUAAGGAAUCCCCCUGUAUGCUCGGACUGUUCUUCUUCUUCCUGUUGUUGAUCUUUGGGGUGGAGGUAGCAGCAGGGAUCUGGGGGCUCUCCAAUAAAGACACGGUGGUGGAAGACAUCACAGAGUUCUACAAGCAGACUUACAAUAACUACAUGAACACCAAGCAGGAGGCCCUGAAGGAGACAUUACGCCUCAUACACUUUGGACUGAACUGCUGCGGCCUGACAGGCACGAUAAUUGACAGCGCCAGGGAGACCUGCCCAAAGAAGGAAGGACUGGAGGCUCUGAUUACCACGGUAACAAACAUAACCCCUGCCGCAACAACUAUUUGAGUGACGAGCUAUUAUAUUAUAGGGUAGAAGUGUAUAUUAUAGGGUAUUAUAGGGUAGAAGUGUAUAUUAUAGGGUAUUAUAGGGUAGAAGUGUAUAUUAUAGGGUAGAGGUGUAUAUUAUAGGGUAGAAGUGUAUAUUAUAGGGUAGAGGUGUAUAUUAUAGGGUAGAAGUGUAUAUUAUAGGGUAGAAGUGUAUAUUAUAGGGUAGAAGUGUAUAUUACAGGGUAGAAGUGUAUAUUAUAGGGUAGAAGUGUAUAUUAUAGGGUAGAAGUGUAUAUUAUAGGGUAGAGGUGUAUAUUAUAGGGUAGAAGUGUAUAUUAUAGGGUAGAGGUGUAUAUUAUAGGGUAGAGGUGUAUAUUAUAGGGUAGAGGUGUAUAUUAUAGGGUAGAGGUGUAUAUUAUAGGGUAGAGGUGUAUAUUAUAGGGUAGAGGUGUAUAUUAUAGGGUAGAGGUGUAUAUUAUAGGGUAGAGGUGUAUAUUAUAGGGUAGAAGUGUAUAUUAUAGGGUAGAGGUGUAUAUUAUAGGGUAGAAGUGUAUAUUAUAGGGUAGAAGUGUAUAUUAUAGGGUAGAGGUGUAUAUUAUAGGGUAGAAGUGUAUAUUAUAGGGUAGAGGUGUAUAUUAUAGGGUAGAGGUGUAUAUUAUAGGGUAGAGGUGUAUAUUAUAGGGUAGAGGUGUAUAUUAUAGGGUAGAGGUGUAUAUUAUAGGGUAGAGGUGUAUAUUAUAGGGUAGAAGUGUAUAUUAUAGGGUAGAGGUGUAUAUUAUAGGGUAGAGGUGUAUAUUAUAGGGUAGAGGUGUAUAUUAUAGGGUAGAGGUGUAUAUUAUAGGGUAGAGGUGUAUAUUAUAGGGUAGAGGUGUAUAUUAUAGGGUAAAAGAGUUGUAGCCGUGUGUAAUCUCAGUGUGUUGUUCUGUCAGAGUUGCCCAGCGGCCAUUGACGAGGUGUUCAACUCUAAACUCCAUAUCAUUGGAGGAGUGGGCAUCGGAAUUGGAGUCCUCAUGAUCUUUGGGAUGAUCUUCAGCAUGCUGCUGUGCUGUGCCAUCAGGAGGUCCCGUGACAUCAUGUAGACUCAGACUCUGCCAUUCCGUCCACUUAACUUAUCUGUGUGUCUGUCCUCAAUAGAUGUUAAAUGCUCACUAGGUUUGUACUGCCAUUCGAGAUAGUUGUCAGUUUGAGGCUGGCAGCCAACCAGCUAGCCAGUCAGUCAGGCUCUACCCUGGAUGGAAACUCACUCUCCUGUGAAUGUGUGGAGCCGUGCUGAGGUUUUGUAACAAUGUAAUCAGUGUAUCGUUUCAUCACUGUAGAAGCAAAACGCCUUCAAAUCUGCCAGAAUUUAAUCUGAUGUAUGUGCUUUAAAAACCUGACUAUGUUUCUCCUCAUAUUGCCUGUUUGUUCAGCUACAUGGACUGUAACAACUUUAUGGCAGAGUACAGAUUUUAUAAACAUUUUUAUUGCAACUAUUUUGAUGAACUAAGAUGUAUAUUUCUUUGAAUUGCCAAAUAAAAUGACUUAAUAUGGA